AUGACGCUGCGCGCUUCUAUACCCGCGCUGUCGCGCCCUGCUCUUGGUGCUGUGUCUUUCUCCAAUGCUGCUAAACAGAGUGUUCGUCUCUACUCGAAGGCUGGCCGCGGCCGCCUGACGAGCACCUCGGCGCUGGACCACAAACUGUCGCACCGUCACCGCAAGCUCCCCCCCUUGCCUGGCCUGGACCGCCCGUCGAUUGACCCGGUGAUGGCUGUGAGCAAUAUCCUAUACAACACGCCUCCGCCCAGCACGGAGCCGAUCAAGCGUCACACGCUCAAUAUGUUUGUGCAGGACGAGCCGGGUGUGCUUGCGCGCGUCUCGGGCUGCCUUGCCGCGCGCGGUGUCAACAUCGACUCGCUCGUGGUGUGUGCGACGGACGUCGAGGACCUGUCGCGCAUGUGCAUUGUGCUGCGUGGUCAGGACGGCACGAUCGAGCAGGUGCGCCGCCAGCUCGAGGACCUCGUCCCAGUGUGGGCCGUGGUCGACUACACGAACACCAAGGUGAUUGAGCGUGAGCUGAUGCUUGUCAAGGUCUCGAUCCUGGGGCCGGAGUACUUCGACGCGGACCACCUCGGCUUUGAGGAGGCUGAGAGCGAGGUCGACCAGGCCGUCGCGCAGGCCGAGGGCACCGAUGCGCAGCCGGCCGUGCCUGCGCUGAGCCCGUCGGAGGCGCUCUCGAUCAAGCACGACAACAUGCGCUCGAUUAUUACCAUGAGCCAGCAGUUUGGCGGCCGCGUCGUGGACAUUAGCGACGCCAGCAUGAUGGUCGAGCUCUGUGCGAAGACGUCGCGCUGCGACGCCUUCUUCAAGCUCGUGCGGCCGUUUGGUAUCCUCGAGUGCUCGCGCACGGGUACCAUGGCCCUGCCCCGCUCGCCGAUCAAGUCGACCUGGUCGAGCCCGAGCGACCGCGAGGAGCAAGAGACGGACGCGUUCGACGCGACGAUGCUCCCGCCUGGAUAG